GAAAUGUUACUGCAACUUUUCAUUCCAAUAUUUUAUGCAGUAAUUUUUAUUUACGCAGAUGCGCAAGAGAAUAGUGAAACUGUAAGCACAGAAAAAAACAACGAAACUGUAAACGUAGAAGAAAACAGCGAAAAUGUAAGCGCAGAAGAAAACAAGGAAACUGCAAGCGCAAAUGAAAACAUCGAAACUAUAAACGCAGAAAAAAACAGCGAAAAUGUUAGCGCCGAAGAAAACAAGGAAACUGCAAGCGCAAAUGAAAACACCGCAGAAGAAAACAGCGAAAAUGUGAGCGCAGAAGAAAAGAAGGAAGAUGUUAGCGCAAAUUUAAGCGACAGCAGUGACAGCAAUGUAGAAACAUACUCAAAAGCUGUAGUGAGCAAAUAUGGAACUGAAGUGAUUGGUCACAAUGGUAAUCGUAUCGAAGGCGAAUCAUCAUCUGAAGAGGAAAUAAUGACAGGCGGCCGAAAGAGUAAUAGUACGUCAAUAGUGUCCUUGCGAAAUGGCACUGAGGAUGUCAAUACACAUUAUUGUGCUGGAUCAAUUAUAUCGGCAACAACAAUUUUAACAGCUGCUCAUUGUAUCGGAGGGUAAAAAAUAUUGCAAUGA